CAACCGGACUCAGGUAGCGAUGACGGCAGUGAUGACGCGGUGGUCGGAAACCUCAAUAAAUUUGCUGUUGUGCCGCCUGGAUACACUGGCAUGCCAAAGAAGGGACAUCUGAUAUUCGAUGCAUGUUUUGAAUGUGGAAAUCUUGGUAGGGUAGAUUGCAUCACAGAGUUUGAGUAUGAUCUCUUCAUCAGACCGGACACCUGCAAUCCUCGCUUCAGAGUCUGGUUUAACUUCACCGUUGAGAACGUCAAAGCCGAUCAGAGAGUCAUCUUUAAUAUCGUCAAUUUCAGCAAGACAAAGAGUUUAUAUCGCGAGGGCAUGUCACCGUUAGUUAAAUCAUCUAGUCGACCAAAAUGGCAAAGAAUUCCCUCAAAGAAUGUUUACUACUACCGAUGCCCCGACCACCGUAAGAACUAUGUCAUGUCGUUUCCAUUUGCGUUUGACAAAGAGGGCGACACAUACCAGUUUGCGUACUGUUACCCGUAUUCCUACACCAGGAUGCAGACGUAUCUCGCUGCAGUGGAGAAAAGGAAGUUGGACUAUUUCAAUCGGGAGCUGUUGUGUCUGAGUGUGCAACAACGGAAGCUCGACCUACUGACAAUCUCAGCUCCUGAGAACCUAGAGCCAGAUGUUAAACAACGUGUUGUGUUUGUAACGGCUCGAGUACACCCUGGAGAAACGCCCGCUUCUUAUGUCUGCCAAGGGCUUAUAGAUUUUCUACUGAGUCAGCAUCCCAUAGCAAGAGUGCUACGUGACCAUGUUGUCUUCAAGAUUGUACCCAUGUUAAACCCAGAUGGGGUAUAUCUGGGCAAUUACAGAUGUUCUCUAAUGGGAUUUGAUUUGAAUCGACACUGGCACGAACCAUCCCCUUGGGCUCACCCUACGCUACAUGCCAAUAAGCAUCUCCUUAUGGACAUGAAUGAUAGCAAUAAAAUGGAUGUAGAUUUCUACGUUGAUAUUCACGCCCAUUCUACACUUAUGAACGGCUUUAUGUACGGCAAUGUUUACGAUGAUCCAGUCAGGUACGAGAAACAAGCAGUGUUCCCGAGAUUAAUGUGCGCAAACGCCGAGGACUUCUCAAUGAUGAACACGUCCUUCAACCGUGACGCUGUAAAAGCUGGAACUGGUCGGCGUUUCCUGGGUGGGAUUCUAGAUGAGAACUCAUUGUGUUAUACGUUAGAGGUUUCAUUCUUCUGUUAUACAAUGACUGGAGGUAGUACACUAGUACCAUAUGAUGAGGAGGGAUACAUGAGGCUUGGGCGUAACCUUGCUAAGACGUUCAUGGACUAUUACAAGUUGACAUCUCUUAUUCAACCCAAGCCGACUGUCCUACCAUUUAACCAUACCUCACAGCGGAGAGAGAGGUCAUCCAAGAGUCGAAGCUCAGAGGUUAGGCCUCAGUCAGAGACCAGGCACCAGUCAAACCGAGCAGACGUUGUCUAUGAAAACCACAGUCUGAGUGCCCAGAGUAUGAACAACAUGGCGACCCAGUUCAGAUUACAGCAUAGAGAUAUACAUAGGACUGAUAGGAGGUAGAUUGGGGACUAGACGACGAGGGCCAUUAGAGCUUGGAACAAGACCUCAGGGCAAUAUUUUGUACUGGAAGGCAAUAGUCAGGAAUGCAAUUAACAACACAGGAACUAGACCUCCGGGCAAAAGUGUGGACAGGAGGCAAGAGUUGGAGGACAUACAUCCAGCAGCUGAUUUCACGUAACGCUAGGAUUAAUCCUAUCUCGAGUUAGGACGAGUAACCCAUCCAGGAUGGG